UGUCCGCGCACUGAAACGCAGACGCUGCCCGGGGAAUGGCGAGAGCGAGCGAGAAAAAAAGCCUGAAGGCGGCGCGGGAGCCGGCGAGUGGGGAGACACAGAUUCACACCCAGGGGCCUCCGGGCAGGGCCCGCGGGACUCAGGCCGUGUCCCGCUUGGAAUGUGGAGCAGGCGCGGCCUCGGCGUCCGCACAGCUCCCCUGCAUCUCCCCCUGGGGGUGUGGGGGCCGAGUGGGAGAACUGGCGGACAGAGGAGAGGCGCCUCGCUCCCAAGGCCCGGGCGGGGAGGCCUGGCCUCCUGCUCAGUCUGUGCAAAUGGAAAAAGAGACGUAAGUGCCAAGUUGUUUCUCUGAAAAACCCUGACUAAUACAGUAGAGGAUAUCCAGAUUGACAAGUUCAGGAGAAAGUCUGAUUUAGGAGUUGAAAACCCAGAUUGGAAAAUCCUUCUGAUAGAUGUCAGUUGGGAAGACCAUGAAAAUAGCCAAAAUGAUUCAAGGAGAAGAUGCAAAGUGAACUGUGAAACAGGCCAAAGAUGAAUCUCUUUGGUAAACCUAUACCUAAAUCCUCUGCCAUGGAAUAGCUGCCUAAACUUGGGCAAAUAACCUGACAUUUCUCAG